GUACAGGUGGUUAGAGGGCUGGCCUCUAGCCUGAGAACUCUGGCUCUUGUUCCUUGUGUCCUCCCACAUUCCUGCCUGGCCUAGGAUGGUGGACAUCAACAAGAGCCUCCCAGUCAUCGAGCGCCACAGGGACCUCCACGUAUGGAUCAUUGAGAACCUGAAGAUGGCGCCAGUCCCUGAGAAGGCUUAUGGGAACUUCUUUGAGGAACACUGCUAUAUCAUCCUCCACGUCCCCCAGAGCCUGAAGGCCACGCAGGGGACGUGCAGCGACCUGCACUACUGGGUCGGGCAGGAGGCUGGCACAGAUGCGCAGGGUGCUGCGGGCGCCUUUGUGCAGCACCUACAUGAAGCGCUGGGCUCCCAGACCGUGCAGCAUCGCGAGGUGCAGGGCCACGAGUCCGACUGUUUCCGCAGCUACUUCCGACAAGGAGUUAUAUACAGGAAAGGAGGCCUAGCCUCUGACCUCAAGCACGUGGAAACCAACAUGUACAACAUCCAGCGGCUGCUGCACAUCAAAGGGAGGAAGCAUAUGUCUGCCACCGAGGUGGAGCUCUCCUGGAACAGCUUUAAUAAGGAUGACAUCUUCCUGCUGGACCUAGGCAAGGUGAUGAUCCAGUGGAAUGGCCCCAAGACUGGCAUUUCCGAGAAGUCUCGGGGUCUGGCCCUGACCUGCAGCAUUCGGGACAGGGAACGUGGUGGACGUGCUCAGAUUGGUGUGGUGGAUGAUGAGGUCAAAGCCACCGACCUCAUGCAGACCAUGGAGGCUGUGCUGGGCCGCAGAGUGGGCAACCUGCGUGCCGCCACACCCAGCAAGAGUAUUAACCAGCUGCAGAAGGCCAACGUUCGCCUCUACCAUGUCUAUGAGAAGGGCCAGGACUUGGUGGUCCAGGAAUUGGCAACCCGCCCACUGACUCAGGACCUUCUGCAGGAGGAGAACUGCUACCUCCUUGACCAGGGUGGCUUCAAGAUCUAUGUGUGGCAGGGACACAUGUCCAGCCUCCAGGAGAGAGAGGCUUCCUUCAGCAGGGCGGUGGGCUUCAUCCAGGCCAAGGGCUACCCCACUCACACCAACGUGGAGGUGGUGAACGACGGCGCCGAGUCGGCCUCGUUCCUGCAGCUCUUCCGGACGUGGUCUAAGGAGCCGGGCAGGCACCGGCGGCUGGGCGGGAUGGGUCAAUUGAUUCAGGCGAAGUUGGACGUGGGCAAGCUGCAUAGCCAGCCUGAGCUAGCGGCCCAGCUCAGGAUGGUGGACGAUGGCUCCGGGAAGGUGGAGGUGUGGUGCAUCCAGGACUCACACAGGCAGCCUGUGGACCCCAAGCGUCACGGACAGUUGUGUGCUGGCCACUGCUACCUGGUCCUCUACACAUACCAGAAGCUGGGCCAUAUCCAGUAUCUCCUGUACCUAUGGCAGGGCCACCGGGCCACGGCAGAUGAGAUGGAGUCCCUGAGCCACAAUGCUGAGGAGCUGGACCUCAAGUACGGUGGAGCCCUAGUGCAGGAGCACGUGACCAUGGGCAGUGAGCCCCCGCACUUCCUCACCAUCUUCCGGGGCCAGCUGGUGGUCUUCCAGGGGAGCGCUGGGCACCAUGGAAAGGGGCAGCCAGCAUCCUCCACGAGGCUCUUUCACGUGCGAGGCACCGACAGCCACAACACCAGGACCAUGGAGGUGCCAGCCCGUGCCUCAUCCCUCAACCCCAGCGAUGUCUUCUUGCUGGUCACAGCCGGCGUCUGCUACCUCUGGUUUGGGAAGGGCUGUAACGGUGACCAGCGUGAGAUGGCACGGGCGGUGGCCACUGUUGUCUCUGGGAAGAAUGAAGAAACGGUGCUGGAGGGUCAGGAGCCCCCCCAGUUCUGGGAGGCCCUGGGAGGCCGGGCCCCCUACCCCAUCAUUAAGAGGCUCCCCGAGGAGGGCUCCAGCUUCCAGCCACGACUGUUUGAGUGCUACAGCCAGAUGGGCUGCCUGGUCCUCACGGAAGUGGUGUUCUUUAGCCAAGAGGACCUGGACAAGUAUGACAUUCUAUUACUGGACACCUGGCAGGAGAUCUUCCUAUGGCUGGGGGAAGCCGCAAGUGAGUGGAAGAAGGAGGCAGUGGCCUGGGGCCGAGAGUACCUGAUGGCCCAUCCGGCAGGGAGGAGCCUGGCCACACCCAUCGUGCUGGUCAAGCAGGGCCAUGAGCCUCCCACCUUCACCGGAUGGUUCUUCACUUGGGACCCCUACAAGUGGACCAACUACCCAUCCUAUGAGGAGGCAGUAGAUGGCAGCCUGGGAGCAGCAUCUGCCAUCUCUGAGAUAACUGUGGAAGUCAACAACUUCCGGCUAUCCAGAUGGCCAGGCAAUGGCAGAGCAGGUCCCCCAGCCCCACAGGCCCUCACGGGCUCCCGAGACAGCUCAGAGAACGAGAUGACGCCAGGCCGUGAGACAGGUGGCAGUCGCACGAGCACUGGCACCAGCUCCACGGUCAACGGGAGCCUGCCCCGGGAACGGCUGAUGAACCAGGCCGCCGAGGACCUGCCGGAGGGUGUGGACCCUGCCCGCAAGGAGUUCUAUCUCUCAGACUCUGACUUCCAAGACAUCUUUGGGAAAUCCAAGGAGGACUUCUACAGCAUGGCCAAGUGGAGGCAGCAGCAGGAGAAAAAGCAGCUGGGCUUCUUCUGAACCCGGCCCUCCCCUUCCCGUCUCCACCCCUCGCUUACCUGUGCCCCUGGGAGACUCUGCUCACACCCCCCUUGGAGGCUUCUGGGUCACCUUGUCAGUAAAAGCCCCCUUGUCAGUAAAAGCGGGCAGCCC